AGAGAGAAAGAGAGUAAAAGAAGAAGACUUUUGAAGAUGAAGAACCAUGGUAUUCAUGGUGUCUCGAUCAGCUCAACCUUGGUGGUUUGAGAGUCAAUAUUUCUCUGUGUGAUUCUCAGUUUGUAAUACUCUCAAUUGGUGUUUGUUAACAACCUUACAUAGUGGAGAAACUCCUUGGGGGAGAGCUGGAGUAGGACUCACAUUGAGUUCCGAACCAGGAUAAAUUUCUUUGUCUUGUCUCUUUAAAUUUUUUCUCUGUUUUAUAAUUGAUUUCAUUUCUGGUUUAAUCAUAUUGAUUGUGUGAAUUGCUGUGAUAUUGCUGUAGCAAAAAUUGAGUCUGUGUUGUAAGAAAUCACAACAUUUAUUCACGGGAAUUUUGAGCCUUUUCUUUCCUUUUCAUUCUUUUUUGCCCUUUAUGAGGGUGUUGUAGUGAAUUUGAGAGUACUCUUCUUCUUCUUUUUGGCUUCGCUCUGUGUGCUUUAUUGAUGAAGAACCUGAUUCUGUGUUCUAAUCAACACACCCAUCUUUACUUUUUUCUUCUGUUUUUUUACGAUCUUCUUUCUUUUUCUUUUUUGUGGGCUUGAUGUUUCACCAUUAAAAUUUUCGUUGAAAUUUCCCAGAGAGAAGAAGAAGGAGAUAGAUAUUUGUGAGACUGAUUUUUUUAUAUUCUUUGUAAAACCCAAACCCACUUUUUCAGUUUUCUUGAACCAAUAUUUUUUUUUUUUUGGUAUCUCUCUCUCUCUCUCUCUCUCCCCCUCAUUCGGUGUAUUUGUACACUUUCCUCUCCAACGCAAUUUUAUGGUAUCUCAUUACACAAUGAAACAUUUUCCUCAUCUCUGUUUUUCUUCUUCUUCUUCAUCUUCCCUAACCUUUUCUUUCACUCUUCUUUGACUGAAGAAGCUCAAAUUGGAGAACCAUACAAAAAGAAGAAGAUCUGGGUUUAGCUUUCGGACUCGCUUUCCUGGGUUUGUUUAGACGAUUCUUCAAAGUCAUCCAAGCCAUACGUUGUCAUCCCAAAUAUGGACAAAGCUCGGGACGUGAGGCGUGGAGCCACUCGGCUCAAACAUUCCGGACAUAAACUCUGUGUGGAUGGUGGUGGUGAGGACGUCUUGUCCUCCGAAAAAUCGAAGAAAGAAAAGCUAAGGAAAUUGAGUGCUGUUGUGGGUAGAUCGAGUUCGAGCCAAGAAGAUUGCGAAAUGGGUAUUGAUGUAUCUGACAAGGAAGAUGAGCUACGCAGUCCAAGUACUAGCAACAGAAUUAAACUUUCAGAAAAGUUUUCUGACGACUGCAAUGGCGUUGGUCAUGCUUCUGUUCCGCGAAGGCUACGGUCAGCUAUUAAGAAGCGUGGUCGUGAUUCUGUAUCUCCUCUAUCUGAUUCGAAGAAGCUAAACCACACCAUUAGUGGAACCCAUUCACAAAAAAUGUCUGCUAUUAAGAAACUCAAGUCAAAUAUGAAACAAAGAGCAUCAGACAAGUGUCCAAAACGAACAAUUUCUGGGCCAAUCACGAAAGAUGAGGAAGAAGUGGCGGAAACGUUGUAUGCCUUGGCUGGCAUGUUCAUCAACAACAACUCAAAUGAUAAAUCCAAACAAGUCACUGAAUCUUUGGAACCAAAUCCUUCAGAUUUUCCUGAGUCAAAGUCAGCAGUUGAAGCAGAGGAAAAUGUAAGCUCGGCUCUUCCACUAACGACUGAUGAGGCUAUUGUUCCGUCAUCUAGUGCAGACAAAGUAAAUGAAAUGGUCAAAGUUGACUCUUUGAAUGAACCAAGUAGUCAAGCGAACCCAAUCAUACUUGAUGAUUAUGUUCCUCGAAUGAAACUUUCCUCCGUAGCUAAGAGUGAACAACAGUUGAAUGUCAAGCCAUCGAGAAGUUCUUCUGUUAAGUUCAGCAUUCCCUCUGAGAAACACUUAGAUACUGGAUUGAAACAACCCCAGCAAAAGGAUGCCUUACUUCUGGAGAAGAAAAAAGAAAUUGGAUUGGGGAAGGCCACACCUAUUAAGAGUCAGUCAGAACCACGACAUGCAGCAGGGGAGUCCGAGAAAGCUGGUAUGACAUUAUUGCCUGGAUUACCAUCAACCGUUUCGCAAGGUUCUGGAGUUGCUGAUACAAGUUCCCCGUUAACAGCUGCUAAAAUUCCGACUUGGCUUGAUGUUCCAUCUUGUUCCCCCAAAACUAGCUCAGUCCAAAAUAACUCAAGUAGAAAGGUUUCUAAAGUUACCACAAUUAAAAGAAAACUAUCUAAGAGAUGUGCAACUCAUGUCUACAUAAGUCGUUUAAUUCAAGCUUUAAAAAAGUCGGAGUGCGAAGACAUGUUGACCCUGCCAAAAAAUCACAAGAGAUCUCACGAAGAAGGAUUAAAACAUGGGGUUUCAGUCACCAUUAACAACAAUAUGUAUGGAGAAAAGAAUGAUUUAAUUGGACUUGUUUCUGCUGACACCAUAGCUAAUGACGCUGUUAACAAAAAUUCAAAUGGAGCCAAUAGUGGUGUUCUUCAACAAAGAGUCGAUCAAGAUCAGCCACUGUCUGCACUGCCAUCAGACCAGUUUACCAUGCAGACGCAGCAGAAUUUUGAUUUCCUGUCGUUGUCAGCUGGAGGUAGCGGCUUGGCGAUCAGUGAUGUAUCUAGUAGAACUAGAAACGUAUUUGAGCCAUUGUCUCCACUCCAAGUUCCUUACCCUCAUUCACUCGUGGAAAAUCAGUUUCGUCCAUAUUACUCUUCGCCACUGUCUUCUUAUAACUCCUCAGCUUACCCUGACCAUAUUUCAUCAGCGGGGCAGGUCCAUCCAUAUGGUACCCUUUUCUACGAUACUCAAGCAAGCUCAGGAUCCUUAACAAAACCACAACAGCAAGAACAACUUUGGAGUGCUCACUAUAGGCCUGAUGACACUCCCAAAUCGACAAGUCAAAUCGCAAACUGGCAAAAUGGAGCAACUACUGAACGACAUCAGCAGCAGCAGCAGCCGUUGAUAUCCAUGGCUUCUUCACCAUUUCCUCCUCCUGGCAAAGUGACUAAACAAGACCACCAUAUGCCUUCUGUCUAUGAAGAACAUGGAGGAGGGUUCCGUACUAGUGCUCUACCAUUGCAGUUACUCUGCCAUGAGAGCCUUUGAUUGGCCAUUAGAAUAAGGGUAGCAAAUUACUUAAUUCUUUUUUCAUUCUGUCCAUACUUGGGACUUCGGUUGCAAGCUCAAGCUCUAGCUCUGAAAUGAGUAGCAGUAAAUAAAUUAUUAGUUGGUCGUCCUGUAUUGACACCAAUCGGAUGCUUGAAAAGGACUAGAAGGAAAAAAGAGCCUUGAGACCCGACAAAUUUCCCCCCUGAUGCCUAGGAUAAACAAUUUGUAAAGACGAUAAGAAAAUUAUAAAUAUUUUUAUUUGGCAGCUCCCAGUUCAGAACAGCUUUUUCUUCUCUAAUUAAAGAAUGUUAUAAAUGUUGAUUGGA